UCUCUCUUUCUCAUAAUUUCCUUUAAACUGUCAGAUUAGCUCAUAAUAAUUGAUAAAAGCAGAUUGACCAACUUCUUGUGAUUAAUCAUUAAUCAUCAAAAACAUCAAAUGGGACGAUCACCUUGUUGCGAGAAGAACGGACUCAAGAAAGGGCCAUGGACUUCAGAGGAAGACCAGAAGCUUAUCGAGUAUAUCCAAAAACAUGGAUAUGGUAACUGGAGAACCCUCCCCAAUAAUGCUGGUUUGCAGAGAUGUGGCAAGAGUUGCCGAUUAAGGUGGACUAACUAUCUCCGACCAGAUAUAAAGCGAGGAAGAUUCUCCUUCGAAGAAGAAGAAACAAUUAUUAAGCUUCAUAGUUUCUUAGGAAACAAAUGGUCUGCGAUUGCGGCACGUUUGCCCGGAAGAACUGAUAACGAGAUCAAGAACUUUUGGAACACACAUAUAAGAAAGAAGUUGAUUAGAAUGGGAAUCGAUCCUGUGACUCACAGUCCGCGACUCGAUCUCCUCGACAUCUCAACCAUCUUAGCAUCAUCUCUAUACAAUUCCUCUUCACAUGAAUCACAUCAUGUUAACAUGUCAACACUCAUGAUGGAUGCUCAUCGUCAGCAGCAACAAUAUCCAUUGGUUAACCCCGAAAUACUCAAGCUCGCUACUUCUCUCUUCUCUCAAAACCAAACCCAAAACUACAUGGUGGAUCAUGACUCGAGCACCCACGAGAACCAUACGGGUUAUCAUAAUGACGUUAACCAAACCGGAGUAAAUCAAUACCAAACCGACCAUCAAGAACUCCAGUCUUGCUUGCCCCCAUUCCCCAAUGAAGCUCAGUUUAAUAACAUGGACUAUCGGUUCAAUGGUUUCGGAGAACAUACUCUCGUUUCAACCUCGAAUACGUUGGUCCAAGAUUGCAAUAUUCCAACGUUUAACGAUUAUGAAAGCUCUAGUUUUGUACUAGAUCCUUCUUAUUCAGAUCAAAGUUUCAACUUCACUAAUUCGGUCUUGAACACACCAUCCUCAAGCCCCACUACGUUAAACUCAUGCUCCACAACUUACAUCAACAGUACCAGUUGCACCACUGAGGAUGAAAUGGAAAGCUAUUGCAAUAAUCUCAUGAAGUUUGAUAUUCCAGAUUUUUUGGACAUUUGUGGUGUUAUCAUAUGAAUUCAAGAAACAAAAUAAAUUCAUUGUUGGAUCGUUUUUAUUUUACUUUUAAAAUUUUAAGACUUGUUUUUGUGUAUUUGCAUUUGUUUACAUGUAAAAUAUCAUUGUUUUCUUGUUUUUA